AACAAGAGGAAGAGAACAACGCGAAGUGGAGGGGGUCAAGUUCUGGGUUGAUUUACCUCAUCAAAAAAAGUGCAACGAAAUCGUAAAAAUAUAUACGAAUUGGGGCCUGGCAACAGGUCGGAUAACUUAGAAGUAUCCAGUUACCAUGAAAAUCGAAUUGCAAUUAAGUGCAUGAUUAAAUUUUGCCUGUGUGCAAAUUGGUUAUUGAAACUUUUCCCACAAUGUUGCGACGUUCCCUCAGAAGCAUUGCGUUCUCAGCUUCUCGAAACUAUGUCGUCAAGUCACUCUACAGCAACAUGGCUCAAAUCAUCGAUGGCAAGGCUAUUGCCCAGGAAAUCCGCUUCCAGUUGGGCAAGGAGCUUAAGCAGUUCGUUGAAGAAGGAGCGCCGGUGCCUCAUCUCACGGCCGUUAUUGUAGGCGAUGAUCCGGCUAGCGAGAAGUACGUGGCCAACAAGAUGAUUGCCUGCCGGGAGGUGGGCAUUUCAAGUGAGACAAAGAGGCUGCCCUCCUCCACCACGCAGGAAGAGCUUCUCCAGGUCAUCGCCGAUCUUAACCAGGAUCCGCGGGUGAACGGGGUGCUGGUGCAAUUGCCGGUGCCGGAGCACAUCAACGAACGCACCAUCUGCAAUGCCGUGAACGUGGACAAGGACGUGGAUGGGUUUAACGAGCUCAACAUUGGUCGACUGGCUCUGGACAUGGAUGGCAUCAUUCCAGCCACGCCUCUUGCCGUCAAGACGUUGCUGGAGCAUCAGAAUAUCGAGACCCAUGGACGUAACGCCGUUGUGGUGGGACGCUCCAAGAACGUCAGUCUCCCAAUGGCAAUCCUGCUGCACGCGGAUGGAAAGUAUGCCACCAAGGCACUGGACGCCACGGUGACCAUCUGCCACAGGUACACGCCUCCCAAGGAGUUGGCCCGCUACUGCCGCCAGGCGGAUAUCAUUGUGGUCGCUGUGGGCAAGCCGGGUCUGAUUACCAAGGACAUGGUGAAGCCCGGUGCCUGUGUCAUCGAUGUAGGCAUCAAUCGCAUCAAGGACGAGAACACCGGCAAGUUCAAGUUAGUCGGAGAUGUGGACUUCGAAGAAGUUCGUCAGGUCGCCGGCCACAUCACUCCGGUUCCUGGCGGUGUUGGUCCCAUGACCGUGGCAAUGCUUAUGCAGAACACCCUAAAGGCGGCGAAGAAUCAGUUCUACGAUCGCAAGAGCUCUUGAAGAUCGUCUAGAAACUGUCAACGAGUAGUCCGUGCUUCGCUGGCCGAGAAAUAGUAUUUUUUAUUUAACCCGCUAAUCUAUAGAGAGUAAAGUUACUGACCAACUGCUAACAUGACGAUUGUUUAAUACACAUAAACCAAUUUUGCUAUAUAAAAACGGAGAUUAUGGAA